AUGUUUCCAAGCUUCGAUGCGGACCGCAAGCGCAGGCUUAACCUGGGAGGCGCUUCGUCUUCAUCCGCUUCCUCCACUUCGAUCCUUCGCAACGUACAAGCAGAACGCGAGGCGCGGGCGGCUCAACGUCGCCGUGCCGACUCCGUGACUCAAAUCCAGUCCUGGUAUCGUGAUCUCAAAGCAUCAAGGCGCACAAGGGAGGAGGUGAAGGCGAUGUUCGAGGCGGACGGGGUUGCGAUGCCUCGUCUUGAUAUGCAGGCGAUGCAAAGAUCGGGAAGUUGGGGAAGCUCUAUCGAGGUGGGCUGCAACCAGGCGACCCGGAUCGUUCUCCUCUGUCAAGUCGGCCUAUUCCUCGUCCGUGCUGUAGCUGAUGCUCCUCGCUCAUCGCAUGCGCCGACAUAUCUCAGCGUCCUGAAUUCGCUACUCUCAAAGGAUGUCGCAGAGGAGGCUGUGGGCAAUCGAGGUGACGGCCCUGCCUUCGUUCGAUCCAUCACGGAAUAUCUCGUCGGGAAAGGCUUGUAUGAAAUGCUGGGGCAGGCUAUUGAACGCAUCCCUACAAACGCCAAGAAGUCACCCGUGUACCCACCGCUCCUCUCGCUCAUCACACUUCCGUUAUCAACCUUCUUCUCGACGUCUCCUCAAUAUACCUCAAUAUUCGCUCGUAUCCUCGCAUAUAUUUUAUCUAUACCUCUCCUACCCAACCGUCUCCCAUUGGAGGAGCUGUCAAAGUUCAUCGCACGCCUUCCGCUGUCGCAGUUUCAUCUUUUCCAGCCACAUCUACCCGAGUUGGAGGCAGAGCUCGAGAAGAAGGCGAAGACGGACGAAGGAAGAUCGAAAGUGCACCUAACGGCAACUCUAUAUGCGUUGUUCUCGCCGCAGUACAAAGUUCUUCCUGGACCUGUACUCGAAACGUACUUGGACCUGUCUGCCCUUCUGUUGAGAGAUUUCCCGGCGGGCAUCUUACGUCAAUCCCAGCCAGAAAAGAAAGGCGCGACCACGGACAAAACGACACCCAUAUAUGAAUCCUCCUUUUCAGAGGAUGACGAGAGAGCCCCAGCGACACCCUUGCCUCAGUGCCUAGUGCUCGACCCCAAGACCCUGGCGCGGCUGCAAAAGAUUGCCAGCCCGGCACACCUUUCCUCCCUCUUCUCCGCCACGCAAUUGACACCCGGUCUCUUCCCGCCUCUUAUCAGCUAUCUAUUUGCUCUGAAGUGGGCAUGGACUCGGGGCGGCUCAAAAUACUCUGUAUCGAUCGCAGGAACGGGAGCGGGAGUGCGCGCGAGCAGGAAGAAGACAAAGAAAGGCAAUAUGACGGAGGUAGACGUCCUGCGUGCGAUUUUGGCGAGUGCAGGUUCGGCUGGAGGGUUGGUGAGGGAUUUGUAUACGCAGUUGGUUAAGACUGCGCCUAUUGGGAAGGACGAGGGUGGCACUGAUGUUCUCGAUCCUGCAAAUGCAGCACACUACGCGCCUCUGCUCCUCUUCGCAGACCUCUACUCCCAAGCCCUCCUUACCAUGGGCGAUGAUGAGUUCUUCGGGACAUCAUUGGAGACAUCAUCAUCGUCUGCGUCAAGCGGAAGUGCGGGCCCGACCGUUCCACGAAAUCCACUGGCUCUCGAAGAACUUGUGUGGUUUUCGAAGCAGCUGCUCAAUAUCGCGUUCGUGCUCUACUGGAAGGUCAAUUCGACGUUCGCUGUGACGCGUGUGAGUGCCGAAGUCCAAUGUACGUGGGAGGAGGUUAGGGAGAAGGUGACGAAGUGCUUGUUGGCUGUACAUGCUCGAGACUCUCGACGACCAUUCGUCCCUCCGGACCACUGGCUGGUUACCUCGCAUUUGGACGUCAACUCUGAUGGUGACAUGUGGAAAUCUUUCGUCGACGCAGCCGUAAUCGAAGAACGACAGCUCUCUCUUCAAGACGACUCUCGUCGAACUCGUGGACCACGCGCAACCCACCAACCCCGACUCACGCAAAUCUUGACUCCCCGCCUCGGUAUACUGAACAACAUACCAUUCGCCAUACCAUUCGAAGUCCGCGUGCGUAUCUUCCGCGAGUUCGUGCGCGCAGAUGCCGCUGCACAUGCACAAAGGUUGUCCGAGAGGGAAGCCCGAAAUCGGCCCCUCCCUCGACGGCCAGAUCCUGGACUAGGGAUCAACAGGAUCCGUACUGCGGAGGAGGUGGAAGCAGAGCGGGAAAGCACCCGUCGUGCGGCGCGGGCGAUGGCUGAGUCGGAGGCCCGACGUACGGUACAGCCCGAUCCUCCUAGGAUGACCAUUAAUAUUGGCUUCCGAGUUGACGGCAGGAACGUUGGGUCGUCAUUUUUUGAGAACCUCUUCAGUUCCGGAUACCUUGCCCCGGGUUUCCAGGCCCGGCAGGUCCUAAUGCCAGAGUACGACAUUGGGCAAGGGAUGGAGGUCGAUGAUGAUGGCGACCCCGAAGGCAACACGCGAGACCAAGAGGCCCAUGAAGACGGCGCGUCGGGCGACGAUGUAGCAGCCUCGCAAGAGCCAGCGGAACCGGCACCCACAGCCAGGCCUCGCGUGGUCAUACGCCGAGAGAUGGUCACGCAGGAUGGGUUCGACAAGCUCGCGCAUGUUGAUUUAAAGUUCCCUGUUGCGAUCGUGUUCGUGGAUCAAUUUGGCCAAGAGGAAGCCGGCAUCGAUGGCGGCGGAGUGUUCAAGGAGUUCUUCACGUCGCUGUGCCAAGAAGUCUUUAACACGGACCGUGGGCUCUGGCUCGUGAACAAGAAGAACGAGCUGUAUCCUAACCCUCAUGGGUAUGCUAUCAAACGUCGGAGUCUUGAUUGGUACCGCUUUAUUGGGAGGAUAUUGGCCAAGGCAUUGUAUGAAGGAAUUUUGGUUGACAUCGCUUUUGCUGGGUUCUUUUUGGCAAAGUGGCUCGGCCGCCAAUCUUUCCUUGACGACCUUGCAUCGCUCGACUCCGAGCUGUACAACGGUCUCAUUUACCUCAAGAACUACCCUGGUAACCCAGAGGAUCUCGCCUUGAACUUUACAGUCGCUGUCGAUGGAUCAGCCGGUAUAACAAAAUCGAUCGACCUCAUCCCAAACGGGAGCAACAUCACCGUUACACGCGAGAACCGUCUGCAAUAUAUCUUCUUGGUCUCAAGCUACAGGCUCAAUCGCCAGAUCCGACUGCAAAGCGAGGUUUUCUUCGAGGGCCUGUCGGAGAUGAUCCACCAUAAGUGGCUUCGGAUAUUCAAUCAAUCCGAACUUCAACUCCUUCUAGGCGGUACACCGACGCCGAUCUCUGUUGAUGACCUCCGCGAGCACACUUCCUACGUCGGGCCGUACGAUUCGUCGCAUCCCACUAUUAUCCUCUUUUGGUCCGUUCUGUCCACGUUCUCUCAGGACGACCUUCAGGCUUUCCUACGCUUCGUCACCUCCUGCUCCCGCCCUCCACUUCUCGGUUUCAAAGAGCUAAGCCCCGGAUUUGCGAUUCAUGAUGCUGGUGGCGACCAGGAUAGGCUACCUAGUGUAAGCACCUGCGUUAAUCUUCUGAAAUUGCCGCGGUAUGAAACGGCGGAGGUGUUGAAAGAAAAGGUGUUGAAGGCGAUUUGGGCUGGGGCAGGCUUCGAUUUGUCGUAA